AAUAUAUACAAAACAGCAUCCUUAUAUCAGUAAAUUUGAUUCACCGGGUUGUUGUUAUCGUGCUUUUGAAUUAAAACAUGAUAGACAUUAUCUAAAUUAGUAGAAAAACUAAAAGUUAUGUUGAACAAAUCCGGAAUGUGUUUUGAUCAUAGAGGGCGCUGAUAAUGAUGAACGAACAUUGUCAUUGAUUUUUUGAGGCAGCUUCCCACUCAUUGAUGAAUAUGGUUUGAUUUAUAGUUAAACAACAUCAUUUAAUUCGUUUUGACAGAAAUGAACAGACCCAGACAUUUAUCGAGUUCUGGUAACUCACUUUAUGAAUUACUGAGUUUAGAAAAAUCAGCAACACAUGAUGAUAUUAAAAAGGCUUAUCGCAGAUUGGCUUUAAAGUUUCAUCCUGAUAAGAAUCCAGAUGAUCCAUCUGCUGCGGAAAAGUUUAAAGAAAUAAGCCAUGCCCACACUGUAUUAAUAGACACAACACGACGCCAAAUAUAUGAUCAAUAUGGAUCUAUGGGACUAUGGGCUGCUGACCAGUUUGGUGAAGAAAAUGUUAAUGUAUACUUGAUGCUUACCAGUAAAUGGUGUAAAGCAUUUUUUAUAUGUUGUGGUCUGAUAACAUGCUGUUAUUGUUGUCUUUGCUGUUGCUGCUGCUGUGGAAAAUGUCGACCAGAACAUCCGGAGGAUGACUACGCAAAUUUACAUACUCCUUUGCAGGAUGAAUUCAGUUCCACACCUGAAGAAUCACCUGUGACCUCACAACCCCACGGUGGGCCUAUUCCUAUUCCUGCUCCAGGUAGCGAUAAUGUUACAGAAUCAACUACACUAAAACCAGAAGCCAAAAGUUACGGUGCAGGAGAAGAUUCACCGAAAGCACCAGAAAAAGUAGCUGAAAAUGGAGUCAACAGACAGAGCUAACCAAAUGAGAACUUAGAACAAAUUGUUACCUAUUAUACAGUUAAAAUUGUAUCAGGAUGUAUUUAGUUGUGCCCACUGGCAGUCCUGAUAAGAUUUACCCCUUCCCUGAAUUUUGUUACUACUGGGGAUUCAUUUAUUUAUCGUGGGUACCAAAUUUUGUGGAUAUGGGGGAAAAACCCUUUUUCUUGG